CUUGUCUCCUGUCCUCUGAUCUAUCACUCUUUGCAUGGACAUUAUUUGCUGGAAUACCGCAUCCCUCAUUCCCCUGCUCACCUCUGGAUCACCUUCUGACCUGUUUUUCCGGAUUCCGCUCUUUACUCCAAAACCGGACUUUUAUUUAUUUAUUUAUUUAUUUAUUUAUUUAUUUAUUUAUCAACAUUAUUUAUUACAAUAAUACUUUUUUCCCAUCCUGAUCUCCUCUCCUACUCUCACUCCGGCAUAUAGGAGUGUUUGAACCCCCGCGUCUGUGAGCGCGCGCUUGCGUGCGUGUGUGUGUCUGUGUGUGCGUGUGUGUGUGUGUCUGUGUCUGUGUGUGUGUGUGUGUGUGUGUGCUUGUGUGUGUGCGCGCGCGUCUUUGCAUCUUGGUCUUCGGUGUCCGGGAUCCUAACCGCGCUCGCGCGCCCGAUGCCCGAUGAGUGAGCGCGGACCCCUUGUCGGCGCGAGACUCCGCUCUCCGUCUCGCGCCUCAGUCGGCUGAAUCUCGCCGCACGCGCUUUGUGGGUUUUUUUUUUUCUCCUUGCCCAUUCUUUUCCUGAUCCCUCCCGAAGCUCGCGCGCGCGCACGCACGCGCAGGAUUUCUGGAUUCGCAUUUUUUAUUUUUAUUUUUGGUUUGCUUUUGCAUACAUUUUCUUUUUUUUUUAAAGGUGAGAUCGGAGAGCUGGUCGGGACAUUUGAGCUGGAUUUAUUGGAUUUCUUUCUCUUUUUUUUUUUUUGAGAAAAGAAAAAAGGGAUUUAUCCUUUAUCAUCUCCAAUCAUGAAGUCUCUCCUGCGCGAGGGAGGCAGACUCUUCUUCCUGGUGCUUUGGCUGAAUGUUGUUCCAGUAUUGAACGGCUGCCCGGCAAAGUGUGUAUGCUACAGUGAGCCGAAACCAACCGUGGCCUGUCAGCAGCAAGGCCUUUUCUCUAUUCCUACCGAAAUCCCUGUCCGUAGCCAGCGAAUAUUCCUCCAGAGCAACAAGCUCACAGUGGUCCGUUCCACCAGCUUUAGCUCGGUGCAUAACCUCACUGUCCUUUGGAUGUACUCCAACAAUAUCAGCCACAUUGAGUCUGGGGCCUUCUAUGGCCUGGAGAGACUGGAAGAACUGGAUAUCGGUGACAACAGCAACCUGCGGAUCAUCAGUCCCUCUGCCUUUCGUGGUCUGAACAAGCUGCGCAUUUUGCACCUGCACAGGUGUGGACUGUCUGAACUCCCUAUCGGGGUGUUCCGUGGACUCUACUCCCUUCAGUACCUGUAUUUACAGGACAACAACCUUCUAGCCCUGCACGAUGACACUUUUGUGGAUCUGGCCAACCUUACUCACCUGUUCCUGCACAACAACAAGAUCAAAGUGGUCAUGGACCACAUGUUAAGGGGGUUGGUCCACCUCGACCGCUUGCUCCUGCAUCAAAACCGGAUUGUUCACGUACAGCAGCGGGCUUUCAACGACCUUGGAAAUCUGACCACCCUGUUCCUGUUUUACAACAAUCUCACUAUGUUGAGUGGUGAGACAAUGGAACCGUUGGUUUCGCUCCAGUAUUUACGGCUUAACGGCAACCAGUGGAUUUGCGACUGCCGAGCCAGGCCUCUCUGGGAUUGGUUCAAACGCUUCAAAGGCUCCAGCUCUGAUCUCGAAUGCCACCUUCCGGUUACUCUUGUAGGGAAGGACUUGAAACGACUUAAAAGCAAUGACCUGGAAGGAUGCCUUGACACCAACCCUCACUCUGGAAAGUUCUUGUCCUUUGAUGACCCCAUGGGAGAGAGUAUUCCAAGAUGCUGCCUUUCAGAUAAUGAUAAAUCCUCCAUCAUUUCCAGCAAAACUCUUCCCGACCCUUCAUCUUACAACAGCCGCCAAAUCACAAACAACCCACAGAAGGAGAAGGAGAACAUCUCGAAAACAAAGGUCCUAGAAACAGAACGGAUAAAGAACGACACGCGCAGCAAACAAGGAGUAAGUCUCAACGACGGGCCGCUGGCAACUCUUUCCAACAACCUCGAUCAGUCCUUGGACAAACUCAACCCAGAGCUGUUGGAUAUGGAACCCUCGACAGCACCAGCGAAAAAGAAAAAAAAGUGCUCGAAAAAGCCUAAAUCAGACCAGUCAUGUCUGAAGAGCCAUGGAUCUACUCGUAGAGGAUUGGGCCUUUUGUUUUUUCCCAUGUUUUGGUUGUCCUUAACCGUGUCUUAGUUUAAAAAGGACCAAAUUCCCGGAUCAGUUUUGCUCAUGACAAUGGCACAAAAAAUACUUUGGGUAACCUAGAGUUACAGAUAAAUUAGACUGUCAAAUGAGUUGCAAGGUUAACCUGCACGGUUGAGAAUGAACAAAUUCAAAAGCUAAAGACACAUUUAAAGAAAUGGAUGCCUUUACAAAAAAAAAAAACAAACAAACAAAAAAAAAAAACAACCAAACCACAAACCCAUAUGAUUUAAUGUAUAUAAAAACUCAGUGCCCAAAUGUUCGUUCUAUGUAACUUUAAAUGUGCCGUGUUUAAGCAACACCGCAGAGAGAGUCCUCUUUCCUUUUACCUGCAAAAGCUUACACUGACCAGAAAGUGACUACUGAAAAAAAAAAAGAAUAAAAUGCAUAGAAAGGUCCCAGAAAGCCGAAAGCACACAAGAAUGUCGAAGGUGCGAGACGAAGAUUUCCGUUGCCAGUGUUAUUCUUCAAAGAGUGAUACAUUUGUUCGAUACUGUUAUGUUUUUUUUUUUUAUGUUUAUAAGUAUUUCUGUAAAGAUAAAAUGUAAAGAUAUAAUUUCUCCCUGAAACAUGCGGCAUUCAGUCUGCGUCACGACAUGAUUUUUACAGGUGGCGAUCGUCAACGGAAUGCUGUCUAACUGUUCACUGAGAUUGCGAUGGAAUUAUAGAUAUGCAUUUUAUUUUACUGGUGUACAAGCAUAAAUAUAUUACAAAUAAAAUAUCUCCUUUUGUA